UUAUUUAUUAUAAAGUUGUUUUAUUUAUCAUUCUGUCCAUUUUUGCUCUCACCGGAGAGUCCAAUGCCUGCGCAAGUUGCUCUUGUAAUGCGUAACAGCUUUCCGAAACUCUUCUGCAGACUUGCAACGCGGGAGCCACACUUUCGUUCAACUUUGGAUAUUGGAGUGCGUGCGUUCAGUAUCCGUUGAGCAGUUGAGUAGUGCGGUGUUGGUGUUCCUAAGUUUAUCAUAUCCGGAAAAUGAUUGACUACGUCAUACUUCUCGAUCUCAUUUAGUUAACCCGGGCCUUUCACUCGCUAGGCGCUUGUGAAACAGUUAAUUACAUCGAGGGGACGAAACGCUUGAGCGACGUUGCCGUGAAUCACCUAAAUUAAGAUUUGAGAGUAGAAAAGAGUGCAGUUUAAAUGAACAAUUGUUCCGACUAAAAACAGGGGGAAGAGAAAACUUAAUUGUUCUGAACGUUUUAUUAGAUGUUUAGAUGUGAUAGAAAUAUCUGUUAGCUGACGGUUCAACAACACUGUGUUUCUUAUCGGAUAGGAAUAAUUUGAUCAGCUGAUGUUGAUUGGUAUAAAAGGAAUUGUUAGAUAAAUAGUGUAUUAAAGAAACAAUUUAAAAAAUAUAAAAGGAGUUACGUGCUGAUGGCUUAUUAGAUUCUGGGUCAUAAAAUCUAACCUAAUUAACUACAACCAAGAUACAUUUUGUAAAGGCUAAAAGUGAAUCACAAAAUGAGGCAAAAUGGUGUAGAGAGUGAUGACCCUCUAAAACGAAUACAGGAGGAAAUAAACGAAGUAGCAAGACGAGAACAGGAGCUUCGGCAAGGUCACCAUGGUACAGAUAGCCAUGAAUAUUGUUUGUCAUCCGCGAAUUCGGAUGAUUCCGGAUUGUCGCUAUCGCCUAGUCCUAUUCAUUCGCCAUCGGUGUCUAACUUAAAAGAUAAAAUCGAGGCAGUAAGUAACCAGCUAAUGACUACCAAUGGACACGACAACACACUGCUCAACGGAAAUCUUCAGCUCAUUUUACCCCAGUCCAAAGCGUUGACCCGAGCACGUUCCACGCCACAGCUUUUUCAAAUUUCUCCGAACCGGCGCUUCAAUCCGAACCCAAACCAGCGAGGCAUAAUGCAAAAAUUCAUCGCCUCUCGAGGCCGAUUGAAUAAACUAUCCUCGGUGCCCGCCAGUAACGUUAGCAGCAACAGUAUCAACAACAAUCACACUGCAAUAUUAGACCAACACGUGUCACCCAUAGAGCUUAACCGGCCGACAUAUAUUUUGCUUCCACCAACGGCUAUCUCUACACCACGAGUAAUUGAACGGGACUCUAACGGCAAGCCCAUUCGACGUGGAUACGUCCCAGUUGAGGAAAAAAUUCAAAAAGAGUUACUAGAUUUAAAGAAUAGAGAAAGCGAGCUUAAACGCUUUCGUAAGCAGAACCGUAUUGCAUCACAGUCCAACUUGUUGGAAUUAAGCUAUGAAAGUGAUUCUGGCGAGGAGCUAUCGGAUGAAGAGAUUGCGGAGAGAAAUACGUAUCCGUUGACCGAGAAGCUGAGAUCAACUAAGUCAAUUGGCGAACUCUGUGAAGCUCUCAACAAUUCUAGUCUAUCCCCAAGGGACACUCCGUCACCACAAUUUGACAAUCGCCAGCGAACUUCCGGUAUGCGUCCAGCUAUGUCUUUGGCUCAGCUCUGCGAUUUGAACCCUGAAGAUGCUCCUUCAUCACACAAGCUUAUUGCACAAUGGGAAAAUCUUAUUCAACAGAAGCUACAACGAUAAACUAGUACCAGUAGCAAUCUAUCUAAUUUAGGUUCGAAGGCAUAGAAAUUUAUGUGAAAUAUCCAUCAAAUAGAGAGCAACUCAAUUUGGCAGGAACAUAUAGUAAGCUGUAUAAUCAAACUGAGGAUAACACAAACAUGUAAUUAAAAAACUUGAUUUGCAACAAUUCUACAGCAGUUUAUCAAAUAUUACGAAUGUUUUCAAUUUAAUCACUAUGAA